AUGACCAUUGCGCCACCACUUCCCUCGCCCACUGCCAAAUGGCACGACACUUCGUACGAAUCGAUCUCGCCCACACGUCCUGAGCUUUCCGCCAAUGGCAAGAUUGUCCUCAUCACCGGAGGCGGCACUGGGAUUGGCGCAGAGACAGCGCUUGCCUUCGCCGCAGCCGGUGCCUCUCGCAUCGCCCUUCUCGGUCGCAGAGAGCAGCCAUUACUGGACACCAAAGCCAAGAUCGAACAAGACUUCCCCAAGACUGAAGUGUUCACCGCCUCCACCGACAUCGGCAACAAGAAAGAAGUGAACGCUGCCUUCGACAAGUUCGCGGGCCAAGGCAAGAUCGAUGUCCUGAUCUCCAAUGCGGCGGUCGGCGGACCAUUCGAUGGUGUCGACGAGGUCGACUCCGAGAAGUUCAUGGAAGCAGUCAAUCUGAACAUCGGAGGCAAUCUGCACGUUGCUCAAGCCUUCGCACGUCAUGCCGCCAAAGAUGCCGUUGUGAUCGAAGUCAGUUCCGGCAUCGCCCACCUCAACGUCGGCGCUGGCUUCUCCUCCUACGCUGUCUCCAAGAUGGGUGUCUUCCGCCUUUGGGACUCGUUCGCCUUCAAGCAUUCGGACAUGAGCGUCUUCCACACUCAGCCUGGCAUCGUGGACACGGACAUGAACAGGGCCGCUGGAGGCACAAAAGCCACCGGGAUUGAAGAUCACGUUUCACUUCCAGCUCACUUCAAUGUGUGGCUUGCCAGCCCGGAAGCUCGCUUUAUGAAGAGCAAGUUCCUGUGGUCGAACUGGGAUGUGGAUGAGCUGAAGGCCCGUGCCAAGGAGAUCGAGGCCGGUACAGAGUUCAACAUCGGUCUUGUAGGCUGGCCGUGGGGUAGUGCUGCCUCGAUGGAAUGGAAGGAGUAG